UGCCAGCAAGGAUGAGCAUUUAUUUUUUGGUGAAACAAGGGUUUAAAAAACUAUAAAUAAACAGUUUUAAUAAAAAUAUUUUCUCAAACAAAAAGAAACAAAAUUUUGUUGUAAUAAAUUCUCUAUGCAUGUGUUUGUGUGAGUGUGUUUAAGUGAAAAAAAGAGAGAAAGAAAAACAACAAAAAUUAAAACAACAUGUCGGCAGUCGGCAUUAAAAUAGCAACAACAACAGCAACCCCAAAUCCACACACGGCAGCUGCAACUGUCGUCGACGUCGAUGUUAAUGAUGUGAGAAUUAAAACAACAACGUCUACUAAUGAAACAGACUGCGCGCUAUUUGUCAAAACUGGCGAAGAAAAAAAUUCUUCAUUUUCUAGUUUGUCUUCAGUGAAAGAACAACAAUCGUCUUCGUUAUCAUCGACUUCCUCUGGAAAUGAGUUGCAACAAAGUAAAGUUCCUUUAGAAAAUUCUCAAAAUAAUCGCCAUCUGCCAGAUGAAGAGAAUGAAGCGGAAAAUUCCCAAACACCAGUAUCAACAUCAUCAAACAGGGACUUGACUCACCUCAAACAGGGUGAUGUUGUGGACAACAACCCAUUGGCACCACAACAAUUAAGUCCCGGUUUAAGUUUACUACAACAAACUGCGGCGGCUUCAUCGCCACCACCACACAGCUAUAGGCAUUCUCGAGCCUAUCGCCAUUUUAAAAAUCCUCCCCAGCCUCACAUGUGUAUACGUACAACGACAGAAGCUGGUGAGGAAUUAUUUAUAAAUGUCUUAAGUUGGACUCGGAUUGUAAUACCUCAGGAACCCAGCGAUCCAAUACCUUUAUAUGGUGGUAUGAGGGUUCCUCCUGGUAGUCCCCGCAGUCCACCUAUAGUUUUUGCUGUUAUGGCAAAUCCUGAAGUUUUAAAAGAUUCUGGCCGCCACAGUAAAGAUCCCGAAGAACGUCGUGCAAUGGUUGAAUUAAUGUGUGAUUUUGUUGAAGCCAUGAAUCCAGGUGUUAAAUUAGUGCGCAAUGCAAUCAUUUUAAAAGAUCGCGAUAUAUCGGGCGAAUUAAAAGAUGUUUGGAAUGCAGUACAGGCUCAAAGAGAUCGUGAACGUGAAGAGCAACUUAUACUGCAACGCCAACAACAUCAGCAACAUUUCCAUAAUAUAACAAAUGCUUCGACAAAUGGUAGUUUAAAUGCAAAUUCUGCCCUAACAAACAACUCCACGAAUACAGGAACAACUACGCAACAAAUGUUUGGAAAAUCUAUGCAAAUUAAUGCUGCUGGCGAAGCAGUGGAUGGUAGUAGUGGAACACCACCUAGAAGUAGAAAAAUUAUACAUGAAGUACAAAAUGAUAAUAACGCAAGCAAUAUAGAUGUAGAAAUGCAAGAGACAGAUAUGACAAAAACAAGCAAUAGCCAGCUGUCGUUAGCAUUGUUGGCCGAGCAUUUGGAUAAUAAAAUGUCUUUAGCGGGAGGAGGAGGAGGAGGAGAGCAUGCAGAGCAAACACAACAGCAGCAAAACAACCAAAAUUCUAUAACAAAUGAUGCCUUAAGUAAUGGAAACAACAGUAAAGAGUCCUUAAUACAGGAUAGGGGUAAUAAUAAAAUUGACUUAAAUAAUCAAAUGAAUAAUAUCAACAGUAAUAAAGAUCUUAAGACACAAACGGCAACAUUAACAAAUGGCUCUGCCACCAAUUGUAAUGAUAUAGAAGUAACAAAAACUAUUAUUGCUACAAGUACCCCAACAAAUAAUACUUCAACCAUUCCCGCCCAAAAUCCAAACACCUGCAUUACACCACCUACUACCACCACUACUCCUCCGGCUCAAACACAACAACAACAGGUGCCUACUAAAAAAGAAAAACUAGGAGGUUUCUUGCCAAAUGGUUGUAUAUUCCCACGUUUCACUAAAAACAAUAAACACAAAGAUAAGGACAAGGAGAAGGAAACCAAAACAAAAGAUAAAGAGAAAAAUGUUUUAUUGAGUGCUUUAAAAAAAUCCAAGGAUAAAAAAUCAAAUGCUGCAGCAGCUACUGCAGCAAAUCAGGAUGACAAAAAUACCUCGUCUAAUAGUAACAAUACAACUGCCGCCUCCACCAAUUGUAAUCCAACAAAUAAUAAACAACAACAACAACAAAAAAACUGCCUCCAACAAUUGGAAAGUGGUGUACAAAAAUUGGACUUAAAUAAUCAUCAUUUACAUCAACAUCAAACUCAUCAAAAUAUGGCUGAUAAUAAUGUGAACAAUACCAGUGCCACAACAAAUAAAACUAAUGCAACAACAACAACAACAACUAGUAGCUCUAGCGGUGUGGGUGUUCAUUAGUUUACAACAUUUUAAUAUGUUAUGGUUAAAAGCAGCAGAAGCAGCAAUAACAUCAAAGCGUUCUUAGAAGGUAAAAUUUUAUUUUAGUAUUUUUAGACCGACCGACAGCCCUGGGCAACUAUUGUUAUUUUCAAUUUAGGUCUGUUGUGAGCUGGUUAAGAAAUCUUAAAGAAUUUAUGGUGUUUAUUAAAAAAUUUACUUUUUUAGAAAGCAUUUUUUAACUGCAUUUUUAUGAAGAAGUUUUAAGUUUUAAAGGAAAAUUUGCUUUGUAAAAGGGACUUUUUUAAAAGUGUACUUUUUUGCAAAGUACUUUUUUUACUUUAAUCUUUAAUAAGACUUUGUUGUAAUUUUUAUAUUUUUUAAUUUUUAAAUUUAUAAAAAAUCUCCGAAAAUUCUUUAAGAUUUCUUUAAAAACGUAUAAAGUAUUGUAUGUAUAACUGUGUAAUAUUGUACUAUAUAAUCUAAAAAGGAAAACAAAAACACAUUUAAUCAAGCAAACAACUCACACAUUUACAUUUAAACAUUUAUUUAUAUUUAUACGUAUAGAAACUAUAAAAAAACUAACAAUUAUUUUAAGGUACAAAACACAAAACACUCACAGUUUUUUUUACAUCUUUAGAUGUAUUAAAAAAAAGUAAGAAACUUAUCUCUUUAAGAUACAAAUUUACUUAUAAAGUCAAUUUCCUUUUUUUUUAUAUAUACUCACAUGUUUUGAAAGAAAACAACAGCAAACAAAUCCAACAAAAACAAUAUAAAUGAUAAGACUUAAAAUACAUAAAUUUUUCACAUCCUUUAGAAUAAAAAAGGUUAAACAGUAAUGGAAGAAUGCAAUUUCUUUAAAAUUUUUAAUUACUGUGUAGCCUCAUAGAAAUCUCUCUCUCUCUCAUUCACUUACACUCAAUAACAAUUUUUUAAAUAUAUUAAAAAAAAAAAAAACGAAAAACAAAAAUAGUUUGAUAAUAGUUAAAGAACAAAAAAACACACAGAGGUGCCAUUACAAAAACAAUUUAUAAGAAUGCAUAUUUAAACAAUAAUUACUAACAAAUAAUACUUCCAAAAUUUAACUUUUGUUUUGAGUAAUUUAUGAUUGUAUAGCAGUAAUUGUCAGUGAUUGUUAGAAAGGAAAAUUUACACUAUUAUAUGGACUAGUCAAUUACUACUCUAUCCGCUAGUCUCUUCUAAUAUAAUUAGUUUAUUGACUAAUCUAAUGACUAGUCUAUAGACUAUUCUGUUUAUUAGUAUAUUGACUAGUCUAUGGACUUGUUUAUUGACCAAUCUAUGGAGUAGUUUAUUGACCAUUCUAUGAACUAUGCACUAGUUUAUUGAAUGCCUUAUGGACUAGUUGAUUGAUUAGUUUACUAUUCCGCUUACUAGUGUAUUGACUAGUAAGCAGACUAGUUUAUGGGCUAGUUCAUUGACCAGUUUAUGAAUUAGUCUAUGGACAAGUUUAUUGACCGGUCUAUGAACUAUUCUUUGCAUUGGUUUAUUGACUGACUUAUUGACUAGUUGAUUGAUUAUUUUAUGGACUAGCCGAUUGACUAUUCAAUGAACUUGCCUAUUUACAACUCUAUUAAUUAGUCCUUUAACUUUUUGACUGAUUAGUCUAUUGUCGAGUUUAUUAAGUACUCUAUGCACUAGUCUAUGAACUAUUCUAUAGACUAUUCUUUGGACGAGUCUAUUGGCAAGUUUAGAACUAGGUUAUUGACAAGUAGAUUGACAAUUCUAUGGACUAGCCUAUUAAGAUGCCAAUUACUAGACUUUUAUCAAGUCUAUGAAUAAGUAUAUAGAGUACUAAUUGCACUGGUCUAUAAUCUAUUCUGUGAAGUCUAUUGAGUAAUCUAUGCACAAAUCUAUUGACUAGUUGAUUGUGUAUUUUAUGUACUAGUCUGUUGACUAGAUGGUUGAAUACUCAUGGAUUAGGCUGUAGACAAGUUUAGGACUAGGCUAUUGAUAAGUCUAUUGUCUUGUUUAUUGAGUACUCUAUACAUCAAUCUAUUGAAUAUCCCAGAGACUAGUCUAUGUACUAGUUGAUUGACUAUUCUUUGCACUACUCCAUUGACUAUGUAUUUGACUAUUCUAUGGACAAAUCGAUUGUCUUGUUCUAUUGACUGGUGCAUUGACUAUUCUGCAGAAUAGUGUAUUGGCAAGUCUAUGGAUUAGUUUAUUCAUAAAUCAAUAGACUAGUCUGUGGACUAGUUUACUUACUAUUCUAUAGACUAGUUCUAUUGAGUAGUUUUUGAACAAAUCAAUAGAAUAAUGUUAUGACUACUUAAUAUAACGUGCUGGUAGUGCGCUAUUUGUUGAAAAGUACAACAAAAAAGUUCAAUAGUACUGAAUUUUCCAUUUCUAACUGAAACACAUGGCCGUUACUGUAAUAGAAUAUACGAUUUAAAAAUUGUCAUUAUUUUUAAUAGUCAGUUUUCAUCUACAAAUUUAACCAGAGCAGAACAGACUAUUUAAGUAAUAACAAUUUUAAAUCUUCUUUUUUAAACUCUUAAUUUUUGGUCGUAAAACUGCAAUAACAACAAGUCUGAAUAUAGAAAGAACUUUCUUAAGUUGUUCCUUUUAUUGAAAUGAAAAGGUUCCGUAAUUGUAACAAAAGUUUAAUUAAAAAAAAUUUUCAAGUUCUACGAAAUUUGAAAAAAAGUCGAAAACCACAAAUCUAUACUUUUCUAUUGGAUUGAAUUGCCCCGAUAUCGCCAUAUUUGAGACGUUUUAGCUACACGAAAUCACCUUUACUUUUAAAUUUCUUAAGUUCUAACUAUUGGCUCCAGAAUGAAAAUUUAACGUCUGUUAUAUCUUGUAUUAACCUAAAGUUUGAACGAACUAUAAAAGUAUUAAAAUCGAGCUCUCAUCUCAAUUCUUUCGAAAAGUAUACUCUGGUCACUGGGUUAAACAUUUGUUGGUCUGUGUAAUAUAAGAAUUAGGGUAUGUUUUCCACAAAGGUUUUUGCACAUAAAUAAGAUAUGAAAAUGUCAAUUGUUUACUGUAUACAUCCUAGGUAAUCUAGCAUUAAGUUAGUGCUACUUUAUAAAGGACACUUGAGCUAGUCUUAACUAUAAAUUGCAAGUCUAAGGUAGUAUCAGCUAACCGUAUUCGAUUGCGUCCAGCAUAAUCCCCCCUAUUCUGCAUUUCGAUUACAUUUACGCAACGAUCGACAAAAAGGUAUUCCAACAAAAAACUGAAUCGUAAGAAAAAGAAGAAGCAAUUCCAUUUCGUUUCAAUGCUUUACGAAUGUGUGUAUUCUGCGUUACGAUCGUACCUACGUUUUUGUAAGUUGUUGUUUAUGUGGCGGAGAGUCGAAUUGAAAUGCAGAAUACCAAAGUUGCCAAAGAGAGGAAAUUUCGAUUCGAAUUGAAAUGCAGAAUAGGGGCGAAUAAUAAGGGUUUUGAUUCCAUAAUAAACUACAAUAUAUCAGGAAAAUACUUUCUAUACUGUUACUGUUUAAUAUUUACGAUAAAUUGAUUCUUAAUAACAAAUCGUGUUUUAAUAGAAUCCAUUCAUUACCGAAAUUUUAAAACGACCAAAAAUACAUUGAAAAUUGUAUGUUAUCGAUAAAGAAUCGUAUUCCUGAUUAGAUUUCAUUACCCCAAUGUAUAAUUUUUUUUAUAAUUUGACAACCCCGAAUAUUUUCAAUUUUUCUAUAUCGUUUUUGUUAAAUAUUUACGUUAAAUUGAUACUUAUCAACAAUAAUCCAGAUUUUGUUUUUAAUUUGCAACUAAAGAUUUUAAGCCACAAAAUUAGCUUGUUACAGAAGACAUGAACCAAAACUGCACAAAUUACUUUUGUUAAUGAGAAUUUUAUACAAAUUCUAAUAUCCAUUAUCCUUGAUUAGCAUACAAUUUAACCUAUAAAUAACUUUUGUUUGCAACAGUUUUUAUUAGACAUUCUUUAUUAAGAGCUUUAAACAGUUCUUUAAUAAUUCCUUUUUGUCUAAAAACUUAAGAAAAUCAAAGCUUUAUUCGAAAACUUCCUUGUUACUGUUUUCAAUAAAGCUUUUCUUUAAAAAUUUUAUAAUUAAAAUCAAUUAUCCUUGUUAUAUAUAAACCUUUAAAAAAAGGGUUCAUUAAAAAUACAUAUUUCUUUAGACUUUUACAUUGAAAUGUAAACUAAAUAAUCCUUUACAAUUAUGUUCAUCUGAAAAGAAGAAACACCUAUUCCAAACUUUAAAAGGAAUAUUGUCUGAUGUUUAUCCUUGUUCCCUUAUUUUUACUAAGUUUCUU